AUGCGUAAAUAUUGUAGAACAUGUAAGAAGCAAUGGCAUAAUGAGCAGGAGUGCUGGGUGAUGAAUCCAGAAUUGCACAGGAGAUUUGAUGAGGAAGUUGAGAAAGAUAACAAGGCAAAAGAAAUUGUAGGCACUGCAGCUAAUACUACCAAGGCUAAGAACAACGGCCUCGGGGAUGGAGUGUUGAUGAGACUGUCUCCUGAUGGUGAAGACGAGACCUCGAAGCCUAGCAAGGUCAAGAAGAGGAAAAAAGAGGCAUUGGCUGAGUCUCUCAAGGCAGAGACACCUAAAGUUCGCAAGCCUCGGACUAACGCCAAGGUGUCGACUUCGGCAGUUGUGGCAAUUCCCUAUAUCGAGGAUGAAGUUUGCACCAAUGAACCCACUGCUGGUGACUCUAGAGGUCUUAAACCCGAAGCUUCUCGGGGGCAAGAUGAGACCCUUAGAGAAAUUAAUGCCUUGGGUGGCUUUAAUUUGGGCCAUUCGUACUCACCGGGGGAAAUUAGUGACUCACAGGACCAGGAUACCGCCGAUAUCGGGGCUUCUCAUAGAGGGGAAGAUGUACUCAAAAACCUCUUCGACGGUGUCGACGAGGACAUUGACCUCGAUGCUCCCAUCGCUCUCGAGGAUGCGGAGAUGCUCCAACAGCAGGAGAUCGAGAAACUCAUCUUGGAGCUAAAGGAGUUGAAGGCCUCCUCUGACCCAAAAAGGGAGGAGUUGAGCAGGCUUUGGGCGAAUUUGAAGGGAGUGCACCGGGAAAGGACUGGCCUCGCUAAACAGAUUGGGCAAAAAGAUGCCCUAGUGGGGCUACUUCGAGAAGAGGUUGCAGCCAAGGAUAUGAAGAUCCUCGAGCUGAAAGAGAAAAAAAAGGCAAGGAGGAUGGCUCUCGAGGAAGCAAGCGCUAAAGGCACCGAUCUCUCUACUGAGAUUGAGAAAGCCCGAGACUCGGAGGAGUCAUCAUCAUUCUCGACCACAUCGGAUGAGAGUUUUGGAGAUGAUCUAGAGAGUAGUGAUGGCGAAGAAUAG